AUGGAAAACUACGGGGGACUGAAAUUCGCGGCGAAGGCUCCAACAGGAAGCAGCGCCUACGGCAAGGAGGACGGAAUUGAGGUGAAAUUUGAAAGGAAGGAAGAUGAAAAUUUUGUGUACUCGACGUACCAGCAUGUGGAAACACAAGUGCAGAAGGAGGCAAGUACAGGUAGUGGUGGAAAAGGUGGUGCGUCGGGAGGGCAGGUCACUUUCUCCUGCAAGAAAAUAAGCACCAGUUACGAAAUCAAGGUAGAAAAAAUGAAGGACAAAAAAUUAGGAGUACUUUUAAUAGGCAUUGGAGGAAAUAACGCCACAACGUUGUUAGGAGGAAUUUGUGCAAAUGCGAAAAAGCUCAUGUACACAAAUAAGUACGAUGUGAAGAAGGCGAAUUAUUUGGGUAGCGUUUUUCUUUCCUCAAAUGUGAGGCUCGGUUAUGACGCAAAGAAUUUAGAGCAUUCCUACUGCCCUAUACAUAAGCUAAUCGAGGUGUACAAUCCUGAAAAUAUCACCUUUGGAGGAUGGGAUCUGAAUAACCUAAACUUAAAAGAUUGUCUCGUGAGAAACAAAGUAUUUGAGCAGGACUUGGUGGAAAAAAUAAAAGACGAUAUGAAUUACGUUCCGCUUAAAAGUGUUUACUUUAAAGGAAAUUUCAUUGCAGCUAAUCAACAGAAGAGAGUAAAUAAUAUUCUUGUGGGAAAAAAUAAGCUAGAGGUUUUGGAACAAGUGAGAAAACAAAUUGGCUGCUUUAAAAAGACAAACAAUUUAGACGAAGUAAUUGUCCUGUGGUCUGGAAACACGGAAAAGAAUAUUGCACACAUUCCAGGGGUGAAUGAUACAUAUGAAAAUAUUCUUUUGGCUUGUAAAAAUAAUCACCCUUCCGUUUCUCCAAGCAUUGUUUAUGCCUUGGCGUCUGUCCUGGAGAAUUGCCCCUUCAUCAACAGCAGCCCCCAGAAUACUUUGGUGAAUGGUGUAGUACAGCUAGCUCAGGAGAAAGGCAUUUUCAUCGUCGGCAAUGACUUGAAGACGGGCCAAACGAAGAUCAAGAACUUCCUCCUGGACUUUUACUUUGGCACGGGCCUGAAGCCCAAGAGCAUCGUCUCGUACAACCACCUGGGAAACAACGACGGGAAGAACCUUUCCUCGGACCUCCAAUUCUACAGCAAGAAAAUUUCCAAGAGCAACCUCAUAUGCGAUUACGUAAAGGCCAACGAGCACAUGUACGCUGAUGAAGAAGAGGAGGCAGCCAUGUCUCCUAACUUCACCAAGCAGAGUACAGACUACUGCAAGGGAGACAGCCUGCUGUCCACCACCACGGACGUCACAGAUUUGGAAGCAGAUUAUGCAUAUGUAGAUGCAAUUGAAAACCAGAAAGUGAAUAGCGAAAUUGUUAUCAAGUAUGUGCCCUACGUAGGAGAUGAUAAGAAGGCUAUUGAUGAGUACAUUAGUGAAAUAUUUAUGAACGGAAAAAAUACAAUUUCAUUAUACAAUGUGUGCCAGGAUUCUCUUUUGGCUUCUCCCAUUUUAAUUGAUUUAAUUCUCUUGGUGGAGCUAUCUCAGAGGGUUUACUUUAAGGGUGCAUCGCUAGGUGCCUCGAGCAUUGUUCCCCCUGCUCAGUCCAACAUAAAGAACCCAAUCAGCGUGGGUGGAGAUUAUCAAUUGACUCAUACCAUCGUAAAACCCAAGUACCCUGAGUUUAAAAACAUGGAGUGUGUUCUCUUCCUGUCUAGUCUGUUCUGUAAAUCUCCUUUCAAUUCAAGUGUGUACAAAACGAGACACUCAUUCUUUUCGCAGUUGGAGAGUCUCUGCAACUAUGUGCGAAUUAUUUGUGGUCUCCCUGUGGACGAUCACUUGGACCUUCCCUACAUGAUCUGA